AUGCCAGCAGAACCACGAGAAGCAGAGAGUAGAGCAGAAGAGCAGAGAAGCAAAGAGAACCACAAAAGCAGCAGAGAACAAGGCCACCAGAGAACUCCGGAGAGCCCAGCACUUUCAGACCAUGCUGAAGUCCAAGCUGAAUGUCCUCACACUGAAGAAGGAGCCUCUCCCAGCUGUCAUCUUCCACGAGCCCGAGGCCAUCGAGCUGUGCACCACCACGCCCCUGAUGAAGACCAGGGCUCACAGCGGCUGCAAGGUCACCUAUCUGGGAAAAGUCCCCACCACUGGCAUGCAGUUUCUGUCAGGCUGCACAGAAAAGCCAGUCAUUGAGCUCUGGAAGAAGCACACACUAGCCCGAGAAGACGUCUUCCCAGCCAAUGCGCUGCUGGAGAUCCGACCCUUCCAAGUAUGGCUCCAUCAUCUCGACCACAAAGGCGAGGCAACAGUCCACAUGGAUACCUUCCAGGUGGCCCGCAUUGCCUACUGCACCGCCGACCAUAACGUGAGCCCCAACAUCUUCGCCUGGGUCUACAGGGAGAUCAACGAUGACCUGUCCUAUCAGAUGGACUGCCACGCUGUGGAGUGUGAGAGCAAGCUGGAGGCCAAGAAACUGGCACAUGCCAUGAUGGAAGCCUUCAAGAAGACUUUCCACAGUAUGAAGAGUGACGGCAGGAUCCACAGGAACAGCUCUUCUGAAGAGGUUUCCCAGGAAUUGGAAUCUGAUGAUGGCUGAAUGAACACAGGUGCUUCAGCCAAGGCAGCAUUGGUCAAGGAAUUUCGAGAGGUUAGACAAAGAAGCAAUGAUUCAAAUUAGGGAUGAAAAGACUGCCAAACUAUUGGCCGAUCCAGCUUUUUAAAUUCAGAAGAGCAAUUCUAAAUCAUAAGAAAUGUAUUAUUAAAGUCAUUACGUUACAUUGAAAUCUGCUGCUGCUGUGACUGUGAGGAGGGUGGGAGUUCGGAUGGGGAGAACAUUCUAGAAUCUUUUUUUUUUCCCCCUCAUUUCCUAAUGCCUUCCCAUAGGAGAUCUCCAUGUUGAUGUUCGCCUCUCUCAGGCAAAUACACUGCGGCUGUUAUUUGAUGGACCAUCCCAAUUUGCCUUAUGAAACUCAGCAGGAAUGUCAGAUAUACCGACAGGAUCCCGAACAGCGGGGGAGGUGGAGAGUGACACUGAGUGAUGCCAGUGCGUGGGCACCGCAGGCUGACCUAGAGAGCUCCUCUCCCAGGGCAGUUUCCAGACUCUCCCCUCAGCGAGCAAAUCAGCAUAGUCUUUAUUGAGAUUUACAGCUAACCACCCGAUAGUUGGCAGUUAACUCACAGUUAAAGUAAUGCUUUUAUUUACAUAAAUAUAUCAACUCAUACCCUUUUCUGUAUGCACACCAUCUCUGUUCUUAGGAUACUUGCAACUACUAAUAGCCCUGCCCUUCCUCCUGUCCCUUCUCCCUCUUUCUCCUUCCAACCUUUGUCAACAUCCUUCUAAGGUUGGGAUCUCAACCUACACUGCAGGACAUCAAAAGGGAAGAAAAUAACCAAACAGAUGAAAUAAUCAAUCGAGCUAGCAGUUGAAAACCCCCACCACAAAAGAAACCUUGGAAAAGGGAAUGAGUUCUCAGCGAGUGAACAAGUUCCAUUUUUCAUCCCAGAUGUACAGUAACUUAUUCAGCUGAUGUUCCUGACUGAGGAAUCCUUCAUGGCGGGUGUCACCUCUGGACAUCCAGGAAGCCCGGCCCCAUCCCUCAGUGCUGCACUUGGAUAGUGAAUGAGUUACUAUUGACUUGUCUGCAGAACCAAUGCCCACUUAGUCCAAGAGGAAACCUGACUUGUGACUUUAAAAUUGGUGAUAAUUUAGAGUUGGAGAUGCCAGUUUGUUCACUGAGAAGUCCACACUCUAAAAAGCCUGAGAUUUCUAAGUUUCACAGAUUUUUAAACCUCCUAAAUGCAAAGUCACCAUGGAAUGACAUUGAAAGUAUUUGUUAAAACACAUACAUUUAAGGCUGAGAGCAGAUGAGUAGUUUUCCAGGGAAUGCUGAUCCUUUAGUAAAGUCUGUUUUGCAUCCUGGUGAUGAUAGGGACAUGGGCACGCUUUACAGAAGCCUUAAACAAGAGCUAAUUGAAUCCAGAGAGCACUGGUGUUGUGUUUUGGUCUGUGUAACUGUGUGUCCGUGUAUGCAUUUGUGUGUGUAUGUGUGCCCCUGUGUGUGGGUCCAGUUCUAAGGCAUGUAGAAUAAGCAUGGAGUCAUAACGAGGAGAACACGGCUCUUGGAGAUGUGCUUGCUGCUUUACAACACAUGUAAACUAUUCUUUAGCAUCAAUGCAUCCAUUCUUUAAUAAAAAAUAUGUUUGCAUUAAUAAAGCUGAAGUGUUUCAUACUUUCUAUGCCCUUCCUUUUUAAAGUCAUAAAAAUCCAGACAACCAAUCAGGGCCUCCC